CUUUAUUAUACUGAGCGCCAGACCCCGGAGCGUUUACAAUCUGAUGAUAAUCGCAGGUGGAGAGGCCGGUUAACCAUCCGCCAUCGACAGAAGAAGGUUUCGAGUUUUGGCCACUCAAGAACGUUCAUUUAACCCAAAUUCAUCCCUUAGAUUAUUUUAUUAGAUAGAAUUCAGGGUUUUUAUAUGUUCUCGGCUUCGCUAGAUGAUCCACAAUGCUGUCCUCGGCUUGUUUCUUCUCCCGAUGCGCUCUCAUCAUCCUCUCCACGCUCCAGAUGAUUGACCGAGUCAAAGGACAGCAGCAGCAGCAGUGCUCCGAGACAGACUACUACUAUGAGUACACGGAGUGCGACAGCACAGGAUCACGAUGGAGAGUGGCCAUCCCACAAACACCCGGGACUUGUAGUGGUCUACCAGAGCCAGUGCACGGCACAGAAUGCACCUUCUCAUGCAAAGCCGGGGAGUUCCUGGAGAUGUCUGCCCAGCAGUGCACCCAGUGCGCAGCUGGGAGCUACUCCCUUGGCAGCGGAAUCCGCUUCGACCAAUGGGAUAGCAUGCCUGUUGGGUUCAGUAGCAUGGCGACCUCUAUGGAGAACGAUCCCCACAGAGAUGUCACCUGCAACAGUUCUGCCUGGUUGCCCCAAGGGAACUAUCUGGAGUCCAACAGGGAUGAGUGCACGGUCUCGCUCAUUUAUGCUGUCCAUUUGAAGAAACAGGGCUAUGUCAGCUUUGAUUAUCAGUAUCCUGACAACAAUCUGGAGUUUGAGUUCUUUAUCCAGAAUGACCAGUGUCAGGAGAUGGAUCAGUCUGCUGAAAACAAGUGGCUCAAGCUCACUCAUCACGGAGAGUGGGCAACCCACACGGUGAACUUGAAGUCUGGCACCAACAUUUUGUACUGGAGGACUGGAAGUGUCCUGGGAACUAAAAUGGUGAAACCAGUUCUGCUAAAAAACAUUCAAAUUGAAGGUGUUGCCUACACGUCAGAGUGUUUUCCUUGUAAACCCGGGACGUUUAGUCGAGUCCCCGGCUCGUCCACGUGUGAACCGUGUCCUCGGGACACCUUCUCUGAUCAUGGAGCCAGUUCAUGCACUCCCUGCAACAUCGCCACUCAGUAUGCAGAAGAGGGAUCGGCUGCGUGUAAGGAGCGGCCUCCAUGUUCCAAAAAAGACUAUUUCCAAAUCCACACACCAUGUGACCCUGACGGAAAGACGCAGAUCAUGCAUAAGUGGAUUGAGCCCAAGAUCUGUCUCGAGGGUGUCCCUGGAGCUGAAACGUUACCUCAGAGCGGUGAACGUGAGCCGUGCCCCCAGUGUAACCCUGGCUUUUAUAACGACACGCCUACAUGCUCCCCCUGCCCACCUGAGACCUACUCUGAUGGGAUAAAACCUUGUGAGCGGUGUCCAGCAGGAACUGAGCCUAUCCUGGGUUAUGAGUAUAAAUGGUGGAAUGUUCUUCCUUCAAACAUGAAGACCUCCUGUUUCAAUGUGGGCAACUCCAAAUGUGACAGAAUGAAGGGCUGGGAGGUAGCUCGUGAUCACAUUCACAGCGGAGCAGGAAGUUCUGACAAUGAUUACCUCAUCCUCAACAUCCAUGUUCCUGGCUUCAAACUCCCCACGUCAGUGUCAAGCCAGUCGCUGACAGAAUUUGGUCGCAUCACUUUUGAGUUUGAAACCAUGUGCACAGCUGACUGUGAGUUCUACUUCAUGAUGGAUAUCAAUAGAACGAGUACCACCGUGGUGCAGUCAUGGGAGAAAACAAACAAACGGCAGACCUACACACACGUCAUGACGAAAAAUGCGUCUGUUUCCUACACGUGGACUUUCCAAAGGACCAAUCAGCCUUCAGCUGUACGUCGGUACGUCAACGAUGUGGCAAAGAUCUACUCCAUCACAGUGACCAACGCGCUUGACGGCGUGUCCUCCGGCUGUCAGGCUUGUGCCCUCAGCACCCUGCCCUCCAGCUCAGCUUGUGUACCGUGCCCGCCUGGCCAUUACAUAGACACGCACUCCAGCAAGUGUGUUGAGUGUCCACCCAACACUUACCUUGCUCCUCACUCCGCAGCGGGACCUGAUGCCUGUCAACCUUGUGGUCCGUCCAGCAAGAGCGACAAGGACCACAGGCAGUGUUACAGUGACUGUCAGUUCACCCACACAGAUGGAAACGUCACUCUAACUUUCAACUUCAGCCUCCUCGAAUCAGCGGUGUCCCUCAUGAACAGUCCAAAGUUCACGUCCAAAGGAACCAAGUAUUUCCACGUGUUCAAUAUCAGUCUGUGUGGUGAACAGGGUCGGUUGGCAAUGUGCACAGACAACGUUACAGACCUGUCGGUCUCUAACUCCGGGAGAGAGAACGACGAAGGGCCCAGUGCCGUCAAGAGUUUCAUCUGUCAGUCAACGAUAAUCCCAGCAAGUGGACGAGGAUUCCACACCGCCCUGUCAUCUCAGUCCAUUAACCUGGCUGACACGUUUCUGGGUGCAACUGUAGAUGAUAGCCUCGCAGGAAUAAAGGCAAGCCCUGAACUGUUUCCUCAAACUUCUAAGAAGGUUCCUGAUAUCAACUUCUUCUACAGAUCUUUGGAGGCAACUUCCUCUUGUGAGUCAGGCCGGAGCGCGGUGGUGACACUCCGCUGUAAUCCGGAUAAGAGUGCAAAUGGGCAGCUCUUGGUUCCCAGUCUGUGCUCUGAAGGAACAUGUGAUGGCUGCACCUUUCAUUUCUUAUGGGAGAGCUCAGGAGCUUGUCCUAUAUGCACAGAGAGAGAUUACCAUCUGAUAGAAGGAGUCUGCAAAGGAGGGCACCAGGACAUGCUGUAUGUGUGGACCGAGCCCAAGCAGUGUAUAGGGGGUGUAGCCUUGCCAGAGAAGAAAACUCUGCCAUGUGAGGGAAUGGAGUACUGGAUUCGGUUCGGUGCAGGGAUAGGAACUUUCACUGCAGUGCUGCUCAUCUCCCUCACCUGCUACUUUUGGAAGAAGAAUAAACGGUUGGAGUACAAAUACUCUCGAUUGGUCAUGUCUGCUAAUAAGGAGUGUGAAAUGCCAGCAGCUGACAGCUGUGCCGUCAUGGAGGGAGAGAACGAGGGAGAGAUGGACGAUGAUGUUGUGUACUCCAAGCCUUCACUGUUUAGGAAACUCAAAGCCAUAGCAUCCAAGGGGAAUGGAGAGAAGUAUGAAAACAUGCAGCUGAACUCCUCUCAAUCAAAAGAACUGGUGUGGAGCUAAAGCUGUGGGAAAGUGAACCUCAAGGAGGGGAGACAAUGGAGCCUAAAGACCCCCCCCCCCCCCCCAAAAAAAAAAGCCAACAGUCCCUAUUAUGAGCUUUGGUACCUGGAACACCAUCAAUACACUGAAAAAACAUGCAUCUUCAGCAGCUUUUUUCCUGAAGAAGUCACAUUUGUUGGUGGCCUUAAAGCUUGGUACAAUAGAGCCAUAGUACUGUGAAGCAGGUGUGUGUGCAUGUUUGUGCACGCAUGUGUGUGUGCACAUCUACAUUUAUGUGCACGUAUGUCUACAUACGUGCACAUGAAUGUGUGUGUGUGUGUGUGUGUGCGUGUGCAUGCAUAUGUAUUCAUGUGUGUGUGUGAAUGUGAGAGAGAGUGAGUGAGAGAGAGAGAGAGAGAGAAUCGCUUGUUAGAAAAGCUCAGGGUGAGACAAGGACCUAUUUGAGUUCUUGUUCUGUUUCUAUUUAUUUCACUCUGUAUAUUAUGGGAUGUUGCUUAGAAAGUAGUGGAGUCCUGACAUCAGGAUCUCCCUGGUCAGCGUGUUUCCAGAUCCUGUUGGUUCAGGCCUGUUAUAAUAAUAUAUUUCCUUUUUUGCUAUGAUGUUCUAAUGAGGUCUGCUGAUGAACUCAGAAUGAAGAGGACAUAUUUAGCUGUUGAGGUGAUGCUUCUAAUAAAUGACGUAUUUCUGUAUGAAUGGACCAAGUGUGAUUAAGCUGUCAAGUAAACCUUUUUAAAACUUGCCGCUGAGAAGACUUUCAGACAAAUCGUGUCUGUGUUUUUAAUCUCAUCCAUUCAGCUGGUGAAUAAUUUGUCCAGAAUGAACUGAUCAAUCUCUCAUUGAUUUAAACGUCUUUAGCUUUCCUGUAGCAAGACACGCUGGACAAGAUAAUCCAUCAUGAGAACAACCUGCAAGGGGAAUUUUAAUGAAAAAAAAAAUUGGUUUCUGAAAACAAGGGAACAAAAAACAAACCAAAACAACAUGAAAACAUUCAUAAUUUAAAUGGAAUAUUUAGUUUGAAUAUUUAUUGACUGGAUGCUGUAUAAUUGAAGCUCAGAUAAAAAGUUAAAUGUUUAUUUUUUUCUAUGAUUGGCCACUUGAGCUUGCAUUUUGAUAACAAUAUGAGUUUUUCUUUUAUUUUUUAAUCCUGCAAAUUCCAGUUUUGAGUUGUUUUAUACUGAAACAUUUACUCCAGAACAUGACUUUGCUCAUAAAACUGUUUAAAGUCAAGUAAAUAAGACACAGUAAAAUGUGAGUUUCCUCUUUUAUAAAUGUUUAUUAUUAUUUAACGAUCUCUUACACCUCACACUUCUCAAGGCCCAAUUAUUCCCUGAGACCUGAGCUUUUCUUUAAGUGGAUUUUAAUUCUGCCUAUUUGGAAAUAGUAGCAUUCAUACACAUUUUUGAUCAAAUAAAUGAUCACUAAAAGUGAAACUAUUUUUAAUAAAAAUCUCCACAAAUAUCUAAAAGGUCGUUCACAGAUAUUUCUGAAGCAGGCUGAUGAAGUGGCAUUUUCUAUUACAAUAACUCGAGUCAUCCACCAGGGGGCAAUCAUAGCAAAGGUGCAAACUCAUCCUGUUGUCAUUUUCUGAUCUAUAAAAAUGUGAUGUAACAUAAAAUAUUUAAAAUAAACACUGACAAAUAU